AUGACCAUAUCAGUAACUCUACCUAAAUCUUCACAAAAGAGACGAGCCAACGGUACUCAAAAAGUUCAACUUCAAUUCGAGGGAAGUGAAGAUUCCGAGCCAAACUCAGCCGUAUCGUUGGAUUUCUCAACACGGAAACUAGCAGUACCCGUCUUCCUGUACAAGGGUCAUGAUUACGUGUUGAUAAAGCAUUUGGCAACAUUGUGGAACUAUUUGUCCUCUUACCAAUUGAUCAUUUUGCUUUCAAAAAAUGGGAUCAAGAAACAAGAUAUUCAUCAAACCAACUCCAGCAUCAAUGAGGCCUUGCUUAAUUGUGGGGCUAUUUCCAAGGAGGAUUAUCAGAAGAGACUAUUUUACAUCUCCUUGCCUUUAAUACAUUCACGGAUCUCUCAAAAAGAUGUGUUUUACAAUGACAAUUAUAGUGCAGAAUCCGGAAAGGAAGACAAUGGUCCACAAAGUACGAUCAGCAAUGUCACGCCUUUGGCUUCUGAGGAAAAGGAUGACGAACCGCUCAUUGACGAUGAAGAGGAAGACGAAGUAGAUGAUUUCGAAGAGGGAAGGGGCAGUGAUGAUUUUGGUGAAGAAGACAUUUUGUCAAAACAAGCAAGACAUCACCAUUCUCACAAACGCGUACACGAUUCAGAGCUAAUUGGUGAUGACAGGGUGACAAUAAGCCAGGUGUUUCCCCAAUAUGGCGUGGUUGAAUCCACCACUCAAUUGAAUCACGCCCUGUUUGGUACUUUGAAUUCCAUGACGAAGUUGAGUUUCUAUAAAUCGCUUCUGUCACCAGGAUUUAGGUUUCUCCCUAACUCUAAACUCAAUUUCAACGAGCGGGAGUUACUUAUGGGAUCUAACAAUUUCCUGGACAUCCAAAUUGAAGAAAGUUCGGACUCUUCAAAGAAACAGGGGCUUCGAAGACCACUCGGCAGAUCCAGGAAAAACAAUAUCCACAUUGAUCCCAACAACCUAGAUUUGAGUGAAUCGGUUGCUCCAGGACAAGGCUAUAUUCCUGAAUUUAGUGUGAGCCAUCUAUGCAAAGUACCUAAUUAUUACAUCACAUCGAAUCAACAAAUGCCCCUGCAAUCUCUUAAUACGAAGAAACUAAACACGACAUCAAACUCGUCGUUUCUUUUCAAUGAUGGAAUAAAAAUGUCGAAAAACAUUCAACAACUAGUUUUCAACAAUGAAACUGACAACUACCAUCAUUCGAAAUAUUUUUAUACUAAGGGCUACCGAGGACCAGGCUCAGGUAAUUACAAAGAUGGUGCAUUGAUGAAAAAGAUCAGCAAGAUACCGAUGACAACCGAUCGUCGAAGGUUUCACAAGAUAAAGCUUUCGCAUAAAGAGAGAUAUAACAAGUCUUUAAAGGGGUUGGCACAUGAAAGGUUCAAUAAACAAACCGUGGAGGGAACACUCGCAGAACAACGCAAAUAUACAGAAGAUUAUUUGAAUCUUGAAAUGUUGCAUAAUAGUGUUCAGUUUAAUUUUUUACUUAAUUCUUAUCGUGAAAUUGCAGAAGAUACGUGGAAUUGUUACUUCAAAUUCAAGCUAUUCGACCUAGAGCAAUAUAAGGCAUUGCAACUGGAAAGAAAUGAAAUCAAAGAAAAAGAACGGCUUUUGCUUGAACACAAAAAGUGGGUCGAGGAUGAUAAAUUGCGUGAAGAAAGACUUCGAAUGAUAUUCAGCGAUGAGCAUGCCGCAAUGGAGAAACUAAAACACGAAUUUGUGGAGAAAAGAAAGGAAUUGGACGAGAAAAGACGUCGUUUGGAAUUGGAGGCAUCUUUCGACAACUCAAUUGGCAAUAUUGAUGAACAGGAUCAAAUUACAGAAAAAUUGGAGACUCUUGACUCGGAAUACAGACGCAAACAAAGUGACUUGGCACGGGACUUUGAUUUAAAGAAAAAGCAAUUUCUUACACCUUUGAAACCUCCGCAACCAGUUGAAACACCACAAAUGGAUAUUGUUUCGAAAUUCGUGUCUCCCGCCAACCAACGUGAGAUUUUGAAACAAUUACCACUAGAAUUGAGAGACACUGCAGAUUUGAGCAAAGAUGAAGUUCCAUCAAUCAAGAAUCCUAUAAAAUAUGUCACUACUUUCCCAACAGGAACCAAUGAUGAAUACUUGACAAGAAUUGAAGUGGUAAAAUUACCCAAUGCAAACUCCGUCGGAUGGGAUAACCUUCGAAAGUACAAAGAGAAUUAA